AUGUCACUUAGCGUUCUAAGUAGGAAAGAGAAAGAAAGAGUAAUUCGCAGACUAUUAAUACAGGCACCUCCAGGGGAAUUUGUAAAUGCCUUUGAUGAUCUCUGUCUGCUUAUACGUGAUGAAAAACUCAUGCACCAUCAAGGUGAGUGUGCAGGCCACCAACAUUGCCAAAAAUAUUCUGUUCCACUCUGCAUCGAUGGAAAUCCAGUACUCUUAUCUCACCACAAUGUAAUGGGUGACUACCGAUUUUUUGACUAUCAAAGCAAACUUUCUUUCAAAUUUGACCUACUUCAAAAUCAGUUGAGAGACAUCCAAAGUCACGGUAUUAUUCGGAAUGAGACUGAAUAUCUGAGAACUGUUGUUCUGUGUGCCUUAAAACUCUACGUUAAUGACCACUUUCCAACAGGAAACUGCAAUGUGCUGAGAAAAACUAUCAAAAAUAAGGAGUUCUUGAUAGCUUGCAUCGAGGAUCACAACUAUGAAACAGGAGACUGCUGGAAUGGCCUUUGGAAAUCUAAAUGGAUUUUCCAAGUGAAUCCAUUUCUAACCCAAGUCACAGGAAGAAUUUUCCUGCAAGCUCACUUCUUCAGGUGUGUCAACCUUCAUGUCAAAAUAUCUAAGGACCUGAAAGAAAGCUUGGAAGUAGUUAACCAAGCUCAAUUGGCUCUAAGUUUCGCAAGACUUGUGGAAGAGCAAGAGAAUAGAUUUCAAGCUUCCGUCUUAGACGAAUUACAGGAGUUAUCCAAUGAAGCCCUGAGAAAAAUUAUACGAAGGGAUCUUCCAGUGACCCGCACUCUCAUUGACUGGCAGAGGAUACUCUCUGACUUGAAUCUGGUGAUGUAUCCUAAGUUAGGAUAUGUCAUUUAUUCAAGAAGUGUGUUGUGCAACUGGAUAAUAUAA